AUGGCGUCCAGCUGGGGGUGGCAGCUCGAGCCCGGCCGACCGCGGGAGCUGGGCGUUGCAGAGGGGCACGUGCUGCACCUGACCCAGGUCUGCCUGGCCGGCGACCCCGCCGAGGGCGCCUCCGCGGCGCUGGCGGUGCUCGCGGGCGGCCAGCGGUUCCCGGCGGUGCGGCUCCGCGCGGGCGCCAGGGAGUCCGCCACGCUGGACCUGAUGUUCCGGAGCGCGGACGCCGCGUCGCUGGAGGUCGAGGGCGGCGCCGCCGUGUACGUGCACGGCCUGGACGAGGACCCCGCCAGGGCAACCGCGGCGGCACUCGGCAAGGCGCCCGCCGCCGCCGCGGCGGCGCCGCGCACAGCAGCCGCCACCGCGGCCGCCGGGCCGAAGGGCGGCGGCGCCGCCGCCGCGCAGGCGGCGCGGCCUCCGCCGAGGGAGGACCCCGCGCUGCCCCCGCGGAAGGAGAACAGCGCCGUGCCAGUUGCACCUUCCACGCCGAAGGCGGCGAAGCCAGAGCCCAAGGAGCAGCCCACCCCGGUCAAGGAGGCAGCCAAGCAGCAGGCUCCCAAGGGCAAUCCGCAGGUAUUCUUCGAGAUAGCGUUCGACGGCAAGCCCGUGGGCAAGGUCGUGUUCGAGCUGUUUGCGGACGUGGUUCCAAAGACGGCGGAGAACUUCCGGGCCCUUUGCACUGGCGAGAGGGGCCGCGGCCGCAGCGGCAAGCCGCUCCACUUCCUGGGCUCCGGCUUCCACCGCAUCAUCCCUGGCUUCAUGUGCCAAGGCGGCGAUUUUACGCGGGGCAACGGCACAGGCGGUGAGUCCAUCUACGGCGAGAAGUUCAAGGACGAGAAUUUCAAGCUGAAGCACACUGGCAUGGGUUGCCUGUCGAUGGCCAACGCCGGCCGCAAUACGAACGGCUCUCAGUUCUUCAUCUGCACAGGACCCACGCCUCACUUGAACGGCAAGCAUGUCGUGUUCGGGAAGGUCGUUUCUGGUAUAGACGUUGUGAAGAAGAUGGACAGGACGGGCAGCCAGAGUGGCCGGACGUCGUCCAAGGUCACCAUCAAGAAUUGCGGCCAGGUCGGGGGGGCGCAGCCUGCUUCGCAGGGUGGCCAGAAGCGCAAGAUCGACGACGUGGCGGAGGAGAGCACCACCGACGGCGAGGGCGAGGAAGAGGAGGACGACGGGAGCGACGACAGCGGCGACGUCUCGGACGCGGGCCGCAAAGGAGGCAAGAAAGGAGGCAAGGGCGGCAAGGGCGGCAAGGGCGGCAAGGGCGGCAAGGGCAAAGGCGGCAAGGGCGGCAAGGGCGGCAAAGGCUCGAAGGGUGGAAAGGGCAAGGGCAAGGGCAAGGGCAAGGGCAAGCGGAAGUUCUGA